UCGGCUGCGUCCAACUGGCUGUACUGGCUCUUUGCCAAACUCAUCGCAGGAGCUGGCCUCGGCAUGAUGCAAGCCACUUAUCCCAUGUACAUCGCUGAGCAAUCACCAACCCCGAUCCGGGGCCUCCUCACCACCUCGUACAUGAUUUGGUAUGUCAUUGCACAGAUCUUCGCGCCGUUGGCUCUGCGACAAUUGUCCAUCUCGGAUCCAUACAACUUCAAGAUCCCCAUCUACACGCAAUGGAGCAUGCUGGGUGUCUUGCUCAUCAUCAACGUCUUUCUUCCAGAAAGUCCUUGGUGGCUCGUCCAAAAAGGUCGAAUCAACCAGGCGGAAAAGGUGCUUGCCACAACCCACAAAGGUGUCCCCGGUUACGACACGAAGCAUGAGCUGUCAAUCAUGGUUGCUACGGUUCAGCACGAGGACCUCGUCAUGGCCGAGGAUAAACAUCAACUCAUUCAGAUCUUCAAGGGUACCAACUUCUGGCGACUGUUCGUUGCAUUCUGGCCAAAGGCGAUGCAACAACUCUGCGGCCAGAGUGUCACAAACAACUACGCAACGUAUUUCUUCGAACUGGCUGGGAAUGCCGCGCCCUUCACGGUGACCAUUAUUCUCGCUGUUUGUCAACUGGCUGGUGUCGCCACGACCUCUGUGAUAUCAGACCAGUGGGGUCGUCGUUGGCUCACAUUAGGUCUCUUUGGAUCUGGUGCCAUAGCGAUCUUGGCCAUUGGUAUCCUCGGAUCUUUCGACUCCACGGAAUCGUCCCUUGGUAGCGCUCUUGUGUUUUUCGCAUGUGUGUCCAACUAUGGAGUCAUUGGUGGUGCCAGUAUUGCAUAUUCUUAUGUGGCCGAGAUUCCCUCCCAACGACUUCGAUCCCGAACCGCCUCGGUUGCCUUGAUGGGAUCGUUCUGUCUCGGCCUGACUUUCAACUACACGGUCCCGCUUAUGUUGAAGGUUUGGAGUGUGCGCACAGGAUACUUCUUCGGAGCCACUGGUAUCAUCUCCUGGAUUAUCGGAUGGUGGUGCCUCCCAGAGAUUGCUCGUCGAACUCCUGCCGAGAUUGACGAGAUGUUCGAGCACAAGGUAGCGCCUCGCAAGUUCCGAAAGCAUCUCACCGAGGUCCAGAUGUUCCUCGAGGACCAUCCCAUGGCGGGACGAAUUGUAGGCAUGCAUCUAACGAUAACGAAACACGGAAUAUGGAAUACUAGUAUGGAGCAUGUGUGGGCGUCGGGGCAAAACGCCCGUGGGAUGAUGGAAUCCAGUAUAUUGUCAGUAUCGGAAGUACGGCAUACUCGGAGGACACAAUAUCAGUCUGGUAUACAGUAAUUUAUACACGACUGGUGUUAGUAUCUGCGCAUUCGCGCAAUCAGACCUGCAAAGUAGUACUUACUAUACUAGUAUACAUACAUAGUGCUGGAAUAUAUACUGGAAUACACUUAGAUAGAUUUUAG